ACACAUCGGCACUUGAGCCGGUCUGCUCCCACUCCAUCGCCGCAUGACGACGACGAUGAUGGUGGUGGAAUUGAUGAAACGAAAUGGAGUCGAGCAGGGUGGAUUAAUUCUGCACCAUGAAUGACAGGUACCACAAGGCGGCCCGGGAUGGCUACCUGGACCUGCUGAAGGAGGCGACUCGGAAGGACCUCAACGCGCCGGAUGAGGAUGGCAUGACACCGACGUUGUGGGCCGCUUAUCACGGCAACCUGGAGGCUCUGCGGCUGAUCGCGGCGAGGGGAGGAAACCCUGACAAGUGCGACAUAUGGGGGAACACGCCGCUCCACCUGGCAGCUGCCAACGGUCACCUCAACUGCCUUUUCUUCUUGGUGUCUUUCGGUGCCAACAUUUGGUGCCUGGACAACGACUACCACACGCCAUUGGACAUGGCCGCCACAAAGAAUCACAUGGACUGCGUCCGCUACCUGGAUACCAUCGCCACCAAGCAGACAGGCCUCAACACCAAGCUGGUCGGCAAGAUGAAGGACCGGGCGUUUCGCGAUGCCGAGCGGCGGAUCAAGGAGUGUGUGAAGAUGCAGAAGAAACACCACGAUCGCAUGGAGCGGAGAUUUCACAAGGAGACGUCUGAGGCCUCUGCGUCAGACGUCAUGAGCUUUUCCAGUUACAACAGCAGCUCUAUUAGCCACAAGCUGCAUAACUCAAAUGCAACCACAGUCAAUGUGCCAUAUUCUCAGGCUACUCUUCAUGCCACAAACCGAGGGAAGACAAAGAUUCAGAGGAAGCUGGAUAAGAGGAAGCAAGGAGAUGGGACAUUUAAAAUCUACGAGGACGGGAGGAAGAGUGUGCGCUCCCUCUCCGGACUUCAGCUGGGCAACGAUGUCAUGUUUGUCAAACAGGGAACUUACGUCAACCCAAAGGAACGUGGCCAUCGCAAUGUCCGUGACAUGUUUACCAGAGAAAAUUACGAUGCCAUUUCACGUGCCAUUAGUGAGCCGGACCUCCACGGUCCCGAUGUGGACUACUCUGAGAUCAGCACGGACUCGGGACACGACUCCCUGUUCAAUAGGCCCGGUCUGGGCACCAUGGUCUUUCGGAGGAACUAUGUGAGUGGGGGGAUGUUUGACAUCGGUGGUCGGGAUGAGGACAGUGCAGACCGGUCAGGCAAUAAUGUGCGUUUGCGCAGUCGGCUGCAUCAUUACCCGAGUGCAGAUGAAGACAGCAUCGGCAGUGCACGCAGCCUUCAACAGAGGAAUGCGGAGGAGCUGCCCUGGGAAGAAGUCGAAUUGGGGCUGGACGAUGACGAUGAGGCUGACACGAGCCCUCUGGAGGUCUUCCUUGCCACACAGAGUAUGAGUGACUUCUUCUCCAUUUUAAAGAGGGAGAAGAUUGACCUUGAAGCACUGUUGCUGUGCUCCGAUCAUGACCUUAAGAGUAUCCACGUCCCCUUAGGACCAAGGAAAAAGAUCUUAGAUGCCUGCAAGAGACGUCUGGAGACCAUAGAAGACUCAGACUGCAUCGUGGACUCAGAGCUAUAAUACAAGUUGCUAUUGAUGGCCCCCUCUGCCAUGUGCUCAUCCAGGCUUAAAGGUCAGUGGAGCAUUGUGGAGUGAAUGUCCCGUAUGGACAGAGAGGGCGCAAUGAUUUGCCUCUGCUGGUACCUCAGUGGUAACGAAGCAGAAAGGACACGGUCAAGAGGAAUAUGUCAAGCAACAAGAGACGAGUGUGAGACAAAUUUGUUACAGGACCCUUUUACAGCAUCUUGUUAGCCUCAUGGAUCACUGUACAUAUAUCUGAUGUGGGUCGGUUGGAGUCCCCUGCACUGCAUGUUUAAACAAACUGAAAGGCAAUUGUCAGAAUGUAGUGUUCACUGUAUGCCAUUUGGCGUAGUUAACAGAGAACUGAUUGUGGGGCCCAUCUCCCCUCAAUGUGUUGGCCCCUGUGGGGUAAAUCCUGCUUGCGUUGCUCGUGCCUAAAUCCCGUUGACAUUCACUUUAUUGUAACUUUAUUAUUAACUGUUUCUUAUUGCAAUAGUCUGAGCAACCUUUUCACCCAGGGCCACUCGACUGUUUCCUUUUUCCAUGUCUGUAAAUGUUUACAUACAGCAAGCCAUGUCCGGCCAAGUGCGGCUCACUGGCCAUGCAGGCCAAUUGUUCAUUCAGAUUACUGUUCUGAUUUACUGUACAAUGUGAAAGCACAAUAUCUUAUAAUUCACAAUAUAGCAUGUUGCAGUUCUAUAUUUUGCAUGUGUACCCAUAUACUAACCUUUGCAUAUCACUCGUGUCAGUCUUGACAAUAUGAUAGUCUUCCAAGUGUUUGUAUCUUAAGUUUAUUUUUUAAAUAGCAUCUGCAGAGGAGCAUAUGUUAAUGUUUAUAAUCUCAAUUUUUGUAACGAUAAGGUGGAUUUAAAAUAAUAAAUACUAAUGUUUUAAUGAAAUGAA